AUGAUUAUUUUUGUUAGAAAUGGAGAAAGAGAUCAUAAAAAUGAUGGAUUAAGUAAAAUAGGAUUGAAUUAAGCAUUAAAAAGGGCAAAAGAAAUUAAAACUUAAAUUUAAGAUUAUUGUAAUGAAAAUCAAUUAGAAUUAUCUGAUAUCAUUCUUACUAUUUGUUCAUCUCCUUUUAAGAAAUGUUUAGAAACAGCAGAUAUUAUAAAAAAGAAUAUAGAAUCAAAGGAAUUAAAGUUUAAGAAAAAAAAUGAUAAAAUAUUUACAUAAUACGAAUUAGGAGAUUAUUAGCAUCCAAAUAUAUGUUCAAGUGAAGAAAUCAAUUUAGAUUAUACAGGCACUUAUUUAAAGGCUGUAACAAAAGAAACUUUGAUUGAUCCUAAGUUAUUACCUAAAAAUAAUUAUAAAAAAGAGACAAGUGAAUAAUUAGAAGAUAGAAUAGGAUAAACCAUAUAUUAGCUAACAAAUAAAAUAUAAAAUAGCAAAGAUGAAACUAAAUAAAUAUAUAUCAUUAUUACUCAUAAAAUUGUACUUGAAAUAUUAGUUGAUAUUUUUGAAGGGAGUAGAGAAAUUUCUGAAUCAGGAUUAAUUAGUAUUAGAUUAAAACCUGAUUCAACUUUUGCAAUAAGUUUUGUUGGAAAAGUAUUUAAAAUAAAGGAGAAGAAAUAAAUAGAUAACUAAUUUGAAGAUUUUUAAUAAAAUUUGUCAGAGGAUGAAGAUUAAGAAGAAUAAUAAGAUGAAGAGAAUGAAGAUAGUAUUUGA